AGACCCGGCAGCAGCAGGACGUGUCCCCCAGUCCGCCGACUUGACCCAGCAUGACGUCACGGACCGGGUGGGCGCCAGCCGUCUGUGGCCGGCUGCUGCUGCUGCUGCUGCUGGCUUUCGUCUCCACAGCAGGCAGUCCAGCACCAUCAGCGCACAGCGGCAAGGCUGCCAGCACCGGGUUCGUGGACGGCUUCGCCUCCGGCCAGGCCCAGGUGGGCGGGUCGGCCAGCAGCGGCGUGUUCGCUAGCCUGCCCGGCUCGGGCAACGACCCCGACCACGACGCGGUCGUCAACGUCACCAACGUGAGCGUGAGCGGCAAGGCCGGGCUGGGAGAGGGCUCGGGCAGCGUCAACGCCAGCGUCGGACCCUGACCGCCCGAUCCGGCCCAGCUGGCGUCGGCACAGUCGAUCGUGUCAGCGGUAGUCAGUGGCAAAGGAUUAUGUAUCGGCAAACAUCAAAGUCACCGCGGUGAAUAUCCACGAAGCAAUCGCCUGCUGCGUGUGGGCGCAGUUUCAAAAUUCACGGUGCAUGAUGAUUUAAUCCUGUUGGUUGGAUAAGCUUUUAAAAGGACGCGGAUAACAAACCCCCGUCUGUGUUUUGGUGGAAUGGCACAGGCAGUGCCGCAGAGAAAAUAGCGACACAAGGCGUAGAUUCUACGCCGCAUGGUGCGAAAGCAAAUGUUAAGGCCGACAUGAACGACAAAUAAAUUAAGUGGAUGCGAAAGCUUUUCAUUCACAACC